AUGAAACGGGUCACAAUACGAGUUGAACACAAGUGUAAAUUAUUUUAUGAAAAGUAAGAUUUCCAUUUUAUAAUUUAUAUCAACAAUUUUUUUUAGAUGUUUGAACACAAUGAAAAUAGAUCAAGAAGACCGAAAAUUGAAAUACGUGUACAUGAAAGCGUUAGAGAAUCUCAAAAAAUGCCCAUUCGAAGUCGAAACAAUUGUUGAUCUCAAAAACAUUCAAGGAAUUGGAGAAAAUAUUGCCGUAAAACUAGAAAGUUGUUGGAAAAAAGCAAAUCCUAAAAAGACAUUGACAUUGAGAGAAAUCAAAGCUUUCAGUAACGGUAAGAAUAAAAUAACAUACUUUAUUUUUGAAUAAAAUAAUUUCAGACGAUUUUCGACAUUUUUUAUCAGCCAAAAAAGUAACUCAUAAACGAGGAGAAUUUGAAGAAAGUGAUGAAGAUGAACAACCAAUUGCAAAAAAAUCGAGACCAAAAAGUGUAUCUCCUGUUCCGCCUCCUCAACCAACAAUGAAAAAAGCGCCACCAUCACUAAUUCGAUAUCAAAGCUCUAGUUCAACUACAAGUUCAACUAACUCAGAUUUCGAAUUUCGAAUCAAAACUUGUAAUCCGAUUGAAGAACCAAGGGUAUUUUUUUAAAAGUAUUUAUCAUUUCUAACCUCUAAAUUUUGAGGUAUUUCUAAUUGCUGAUAAUCGAGAAAAAGGUUCUGGUCGCUCAAAAUCAACAAUUGAACAUUUAGUGAAAAAAGAAGGUAUAAAUGUUGAUAUUCGAGCAUUAUCAGUUGGAGAUUAUUUAUGGAUUUGUAGAAAAAUUGAUGGAACAGAAAUAGUUAUGGAUUGGGUUGUUGAAAGAAAAACAUUGGCUGAUUUACAAUCAAGUAUUAGAGGAGUAUGUUUUUAGUUUUUCAAUAAUGAUUGAAAGAAAAAACGGAUUUCUCAAUUUACAAUUUAAUUUUAUAGGGUCGUUAUGAUGAACAGAAGCGACGUCUCAAUUUAGCUCCAAUGAAAAAUCGAAUUUAUUUAAUUGAAUCCAAAACACGAGGAGAUAUUGCAUGUGAACAAGCAAUUGCAUCAACAAUUUCAAAUGCUGGUUUUCUUGUUCAAAGAUGUGAUGAUACACGAGAAACUGCCACUUUUUUACAAGAAGUUACUUUGAGACUUCAAAAAUAUGCUGAAAAUCAUCAAAUAUCGGGUGUUCCAUUUGAUCAACUACAAAAUGCAUUACAAAAACAAAAAGCCGAAACAGUAAGAGAUGUUUGGAUUCGACAAUUAAUGGUUUGUCCUGGAAUGUCAUAUUCUCGCGCUGAUUCAAUUUCUGCAAGAUUUCCAUCGAUGUUAUCACUUCUCAAAUAUUUUAAACAAAAUGGGCCCGAUUCACCAAUUAAUUUGCAUAAUAUGAUGCCUCAACUAACUCGGCCGAUAACUAGAAAUCUAUACAAGUUUUUUGUUCAAUAG